CCAGUGUAACCAUAGUCAUGGAUAUAUGUUUUCUUCGCAUCCACUCAUUAUCAGAAUCACAAUAAAAUGAUGAAUCAUAAGAGACCUGUUGUUGUAUUUUGUCAGAAUGAUUUGUAAGCUUAUAUCAAUUGUUGUGGAAUGGUGUGAACUGUAUUGUGGUAUCUAAGCGCAGUUGGAGUAUGGGAGAAUUAGUUUUGAAGGUCGUUACUGGAACUGUAGAGUUCAUUCUCGACAAACCAGAUGCUUCCCAGUACUUCCGUGUGAUCUCAGUUUCCCAUUCCGGUUCUGUAUCAUCCGACCUAAAAGUGGGUACAUUUAUAAUCUCUGUCGAUGGGAUCCCACUCAGUGGAUUAAGUCUUGAAGAGUUGCAGUCCCUUAUUAACGACUCUACCAGUUCUGGUGAAUUGAAAUUGAAAUUAAUGGAUAAUGAAGGCGAAAAACAUUGUUCUUUUCAUUUGGAAACGGGUAGUAAACCAGUUUGUCGAAUGGUAGAUAAAGCAUCUGAAAUGGAAGCGGACAAAUUGGAAUAUGAGAACUUACGCAUCAUACAUAGACAAGCAUAUCGCUCUUCCCCAGAUGCGGUUAGACCACAGCACAAUUCUGACUCCAAGUCAUUUCUACCGAACAGCUCUUUUGACAAACCUAGUCCGCAAAUAAAUUUCAAACCCAAGCACUCAUUUAAUUUUUCUCCUGUUACUGAUUCAUAUGGAUCUCAUCUUGGCGCGGUUGCUAGAUUGGCUAUCGAUGGCGGACUUACUACUGAUCAACUGCUUCAAAUAGGAUCUUCAGAUGUAAACCAACCUGGACAUUAUUUAUAUCGUUCAGCUACCCAUUGUGAUCAAAAAGAAGUGGUCCCGGAUUCAAAAUAUAACCUUUCAGAUCCACGGAUUACAAAGCUUUUGACCUCUCAUUCUUCACUCCACUCACGUCCUUGUCGUAUAUCUCCUCGAGGAACGAGAAGACCCGUCUUUUAUAGCUCUAACCAGUCUGUUCAGAUUAUCAGAGGCUCUGGUGUCACUGCCGCAUAUGAUCAGUCACGCGUUACUGUUUCUCCCAGUCACACAUCUGUUGGUCAUCAUCGGUUAUCUCAGUGGUCUGCAUCUCGUGAUAAUCCACAUUAUAUUAGUGGCAGUAACCGUGUUUCCUUUCCCGCUCAAAUGACUCGUGUUGGCGGACUCGUUUUCAGUACUGGUUCAUCAAACCCGGGGUCUGAUAAUGCGGAUAUGAGUCCGGUUGAACAGAAUGUUUCUUCUACUAAGCCUUAUCAGUCAGUAUCUGCCUGUACUUCUCCCACCAAUUUAAAACAUACUGUGUCCUCCCAUUCUCCAUCGACUUCCUUCUUUUCUUGUUCAAAUGUUCCUAGUCCAUCCGAAACUCCACCUUUAGUUUCUACCAAUGUCACAGACAAUGUAGGAACUACAGAUAUAGUGCGUUUAGGACCGGGGAAUGUUGUUACUCGUACCCCAGCUGGUUCAACUGUGUACAGUCCAUCGAGUUUGAUCCGAAUGCAUUAUUGUCCGCAGCCAUAUGUUGGGAUGGGAUUAACUGGAGCUCCAUAUGUUCCUGUUGUGUCUACACUCACAAUCUCUAAUUUGAAUGUCCCUUCACCUGUAUUAUCGGAUGGAAGUGAUUCUUGCUUAUGUUCAAAACCUACUAUUAAUUCAGAACCCAAUAUUUCAACUGCAUACUCAGAUCUGGGUACAACAAGCACACCUGAACCAGUUUUCCCUUGUUCAACAUCUUCCCCAAGUCCUACAGAAAUGUCUCCUACAAUAAUAAACCGACCUGGAUCGAAGCGGAACUAUGUGGAUCCCACUCUGCGGUCUUCAGCGCCAGUACCAUCCACAACUCAAUACCUACCCACUGUUGGAAACUCUAUUACUGAUACUCCUAACCUACCUCAUCCAAAACCUUUCAAUUCUCAUAAUUCACCAAGUUCACAAGUGGCUCGAACAGUGAGGCAUCUUCGGCGUAUUCGGCAUAUAUUCGGUGAUUCUUUUGGAUAUACCAGUUCUGCAACGUCUGCUUCAACAGGUGCACUUACAGAUGAAGAUAAAGAUUCUGUUUGUUCACCUAAAGUUAGCCAGCUACGAUCUCAUGGAUAUCAUUCAGUGGAUUCGGUUAGAGGUUCAAGUUCACUGUGUGAUUGCUCACCAGAUCGGAUAACAGAUAGUAAUGAUAAGAAGUCUAAUAAAACCUCUUAUUCCCAUACAUCAUCAUAUCCUGUGAUUGCAUCAGUCUAUUGGAAUGACUCAGAGACAGAGGUUACCAAGAAAUCAUUACUAUGGUACAAUUAUCAAGUGACAUUAUCAGGUCAAACUUUAGUGUUAACACGAGAGAAAAGUCCAAGUCAGGUUUAUCCUAACGAUAGUCUAGAUCAUGUUCAUAUUCCUUUACCUGGAGAAAGUAUUGUUUGGCAUGUACUGAAUGAAUUGCCUGAUUUAGUUUGUCCAUCUUCACCUUCUCAUUGUGAUCGGGAAACUGGAAUUGUCGGCAUACUGAACAGUUCAAAGCUGAAUUUAACAUGUUAUUUACAUUUUCCAAAUCGUCAAAUAGCUUCUUGUAUAUUUGAUCAUCUUGGGCCACAGAAGACUAUGGAAGACUGUCAAGGGAAACAACCUGUAACUCAAACAUCACAUGGAUUACUUUCUAAACUGUCUACGGGACGAUCUAGUCUUGGUCUUGCUGGACCUUCUGGUGUAACACCAUUGUUCAAAGCAAUGGGAACUGCAGCAGCAUCAGUUGGUAUGCAACUUGCUGAUUAUGUAAAUUUCCCAGGGAUGUCACAGUCUGUCUCUGUUCCUUCUCAAUCAUCACCUUCAACUGGAAAUGGAGAUAUUAGCAAGCUUAAAGGUGAGCAAACUUCUAAAGCUAAACCAUCUGAUACACCUGAGUCUACAACACCACAGCCUAGUAAAUCUAGAGAUCUUAAAUUUCUUCCAUCUUUCCCCCGUGGUCGUGGUCGUUUACAACAGGCGCUUACUCGAAUGAGACGUGCAGCUACAGCAUCAUGUGAUCCUACAAGUCGUUCAGGUGCAAAUGUAACAACUCGUCGAUUUGCUUCAUCACAUAAUUAUGGAAAAAAUAAACCUGGUCUAAUUAGUUUACCUUUUCAAACAUCUAUUGAACCUGUCAGUCCUUCAAGUGAAUUAGAUAGCAGUUGUUCUAACAUCACAUCUCAGCCAUCUGAUCUCAGUCCUUUAACACUAUUGCUUGCCACUUCUGUUUCGCCGUCACCUUCACUGCAAACUUCUUGUUUAACAUAUAUGCAAGUGGAACCAAAGGAAUCGAUCAAUGCUAACGUUGAUUCAUCUGAAGAAUCUCCAAAUUAUAUACACAAAGAGAUAUCUCAACAUCAUCCAAAUACAACAGAUACAACGAUAUCUAGUCAACAAUCGAAAUUAGAUUUUAAAACAACUGAUCAACUUACUGUCAUUGUAUCUGAAAAUAGUGUCCAAGAUGCAUCAGUAUCAGAAGGCAAUGCUGACAAAAGUAGACGUAAAUUGGCGAAUUCCAUGAAAUCUAAGCAUCACUUUGUCCCACUGCCUAUACAUAUUCGUGGUCCCCUACCACUGCAUAAAUGUCCUAGAAGUACACUAUCACCGUUUGUUCCGUUUGUGGUUGAACUGUGCGUAACACUCGUGGAGCGAUAUGGUCUAAAUUGUAUUGGUAUCUAUCGUUUGUCUGGAAGUAAAGUUGCCCAUGAUUUUAUCACCUCUGAGUUAAGCAGAGAUAUUACUACAGUUGAUGUGACAUCGGAUAAAUGGAAUGAUUUACAUGCUGUUUGUGGUGUUUUGAAAACCUUUCUACGCAACCUACCCGACUCACUUUUCCCUAAAGUAAUGUAUCCAGACUUUUUGGCUGCAUGUCGUCUGCCACAACGUGAAAAACGUCUUCUGUCUAUUCAACGUUUAUUAAGCAUAAUGGAGUGUUAUCCUUGUCAUCCAGAGUAUAGAGCACAUCGAGCUACUUUGCGUUAUUUGGCUACACAUUUGGCUCGUGUUAGUGCUCGUGAAGCAGUCAAUAAAAUGACAGCUUACAAUUUAGCACUUGUAUUUGCACCAAACCUUGUACAACCAUGUGAAGAUACACCAGAAUUGUUGAUGAGUGACUCAAAAUAUAAAAUUAUGCUUGUUGAAACAGUGAUCAAGUAUCAUGCUUGGAUAUUUUCACCAGAUUUAGGCUUGGAGAGUGGUUGUUCCGUACCACCAGAUUCUACAGAAGAUUUAACACCUGAAAUUGAUGUUGGUAGUCGAGCUAUAUGUGACACAUCAGCAAGUGAUGCUGAUGACUCAGCUCAUCAACCAGGACGUAUUGAAGGUGAUGUACAACCGUUAGUUGCAGAGCUACUAAAUGCUGCUGCCAGUCUCCCACCUCCACCUUCUGAUACUGAUUUAGAAACUGCUGAAAUACCUGGCCCUGAAUCAGAUCGUCCAUCGGAUAUAAUAAUGUCAAGACCACGAUUUACAUCUAUUCCUGCUACUAAUUGGUCUACUUCAACGACAAGUAUUUCUAGAAUACCAUCAGGUGGUCUUCUUAAUGAAAUGUCUACAACAACUGAUCAUUUAUCUGCGUUAAAAAUUAACACCGAGCAUAUUGAAAUUCACAAUGUUACUACUGUAGAUGGAAAUCGUAAGGAUUCAGAAGUAGGAUUGGGAAGAGUUGCUACUAGUGGAAAUUUACGACCACUCCAUACUCCUUCAGAUUUGGGAAUUAAACUAGACAAUCUACGCCAUUUAAGUCAAGGCUGUUUAGAACAGUUUACAUCAGAAGCCCGUAAACUUGGUGUUCGAGUUGCUGAAAGUCGACGUCAACUAGAAAGUACUGUAGCCCAACGUUUACACGCUGAACAAUUACUGUUCGAGGCAAGAAGUGGUGAAUGUUCAGAUUUGUCUAAAAGUCAAAUUGACUCAUCAUCCACAGAAUUACUUAAUCAACCAGAGGAGAAUCCAAUUAUUAGUAGUAAUACAUCGACUACAAUUCAAUCAGCAGCAGUCGUGAUGUCUACUGAUUCUGUUAAAGAAGAAAAGAAUUCCAGUGAAUGUGAUGAUAAAAAUUCCAACAAUUGUUUCAGUGUUUGAAUAUAUAUACAUAUAUAUCUCUAACUACUAGAGAACUCUAUUGGUGAUUCUUCUUGUUUUAGGGCUUUAGGAACAAAACCUCCCUGAAUAAACCACAUCAACUUUCUUUUGAUCAUUAUUACACUGCCGUAUUUUUUUCUUUUCGAGAUUGUGGUAAAUUUUACAUCGAAAAUGUUGUGUAUAAAAGUAUUCCAGUUAUUCAAUAUUAUUUGGAAGUUCUUGCUGAUGA